AUGGCUGGGAAGAAGAAGCCAGACCACCCGCCAGUUUCUUCGAAGAGACCUACGAAGCAACCGCGCUUGUCUGCUGAUGCCCUCGCACGGCACAACGGCGGCGCCACUGGGUCUGCAGGCUCCGCUGUCCCUGCGGCCUCAGUGGCCACAUCCAAGGUGAGCAUCGUGGCCAAGUGCUUGGAUUGUGACGCUGUCCCGUCGGCUACGUCGAAGUUUCCAGCUGGAGUGACUGAUGCUUGCUUGAUCCACCGGGAGCUCUACUGCGGCGGCUUCACGACCUACGGCAGCUGGGAAGAGUUCAUCUCGAGCGGCGAGAAGCAGCGGCUGCCCACGGAGGUCUUGCAGACCAGGUGCUGCUCGUGCGAAGUGACGGAGAGCAAUGCGGGCCCCAGUCGAUCCCAGCUGAAGCAUAUGUUGUCCAUCUCUCCCGAGCGCAUUGGCGUCGAGAUGCAAGAUCUCGUGGGCGUCAACAACACCUCGUACAAGGGGCUGUUGAUCCCGAGCCCCGCGAGGCCGUUCAUGGAGUUCAACUUCGCCAAAAGGAUUGGCGUCGACAAGAGUGCCAGAGCUAUGUCGGGUGAUGACCAGAUGUACGAGCAACAUGCCGAUGUCGUGUCUGAGUACGUUCAAGGUGGGGCAGCCAGGGCGCCCAACCUCAAUCGCCGCGCUGCGCUGGAUAGCAUGUCGGCCAUUGCGACCCCUGUUGCGAAGAAGGCCGCCUGGACUGCUAGGUCUGACGUGGCCUGCGAAGACGCGGCGAGCGCCAUCUCUCCGAGUGCGGUGGGUAAGGGCGGCAGUGCAAGCAAGCGGGUGCGCAUGGAGGAUGGCUUGCCCGUUAUCGAUGCCGGUGCAGACGACCUCGUGCAUAGGAAGAUCAGCGCUUACAGCAUCGAGAAGAUCAUGCUCAACGAGAACAUGGGCCGCGAGAGGCGUUGGUGCAGCGACUCCCGCGAUCUCUUCCAGCGCAGGGGGGGGAACAGGGCCGAUGCGUUGCAAAAGCACUUGGACCUCGCGAAGCACGCCGAGAACUUGGUUGGCGGCUCCAUCUCAGAGAUGUCCGGCAUGCUGGUGACCACUGUGAAGGAGCUCCAAGACGGUGGUGCGUUCAUCCCAAACGUUCUGAGGUUCCAGCUGCAGAACAAGCAUUCCGACAUCUACUUGGCCGACGCCGUGAAGUCUUACGACGCAUCUAAGUUCUUUACUUCCAUCGUGCCUUGGGUCGGGCCAGAGAAGGUUUUUGAUGGGAACAAUCCUCAGCUUUGCCUGCUGGACUGCUCGACCGAUGAGAAGAUCGAGCAUUUCGAGUCGAUGAUUGAGAAGCUCUUCGUUGCCGUCGUGAAGCUUGGCGAGUCUUGCAAGCAAGGCGUGGUGGAUAUCUCGGACAAGUGCUUCUCAUAUUGCGCCCUCGUCGUGGAUCGGGACGACUGCGAUGACUUCGACAAGACGGUGACGGACGUGGAGUUGACUUCGAAGGCCCUCAAAGCGCUGGUGCUCGCUACGUUCGUGCCUGGGCAUGCGGACCUGAAUCGCGUGAUUGCCCUGGCCGCCAGCAAGGACAGGACAUAUAAGAAGCGCGCGCCAUGCAAAGUUCACCAAUCUCUGAAGUUCAUGCAGUACUACGAUGCGUUGCUGAAGGAGUUCAGUCUUCCUGCGAACGAGAUGGAGCUCUGCAAGGAUGCAGCUGCCGCAGGGAGGGGCGGACUUCUCGGACACAUGCUGACCCAGAUGGCCAAUGUAAUCACUAAGUGCAGGACGGGAACGUUCGAGCACCUUGUCGAGCUGCUGACAGAGUCACUCGAGGAGUUCAUUCGGUCCCUGAAGAUCGCGAACCCGAACACCGCCGACGGCGACGCCUACAAGAAGCUCGCGUUGGCAGAGCAGUGCCUGAAGCAGGCGCAAGUCGUUCUACCGAAAAAAAACAUCGAGAUUUGGGAGUCGCACAUCAGGGCUGGCGAGACAUGCAUGACCUUGAUCGGCAAGGCCGGCUACGCGAAUGCCUUUGUCGAGGUCCUCGGGGAGAAUGCCCAGCUGGAGUCGGGGAAUGUGUCGACGGGCGCUGCGCGGAUGGUCGACCGCGCGCUGAAGGACGCCAUCCAGGCGGGCUCGGGGAUCGAGGGCCCGCCAUGGACAAGCUCGAGAAGUUCAUUGGGGCUGACAACAGCGAGAGUCCAAAUGCUGCGGAUGAUGGGAGGAGGUUUGCCGGUUGCCUUCGGCUACGCCAGGGAGACACCCGAUGCAACACCAGAGAGCCUCGAUCCGAUCCUGCAGCUUGCCACGGCGGUCAAGGACAUGCCCGUGACAGAGUCUCGCCAGACAUUGUCGGCUUCCCUCGACAGGUUCGCCAUGACGGCAUGGAGUGCCCCUUUCCAGUUUGGCCACAGGUUCAUCAUUGCCAUGACGGCAUGGAGUGCUGCCCUUUCCAGUUUGGCCAAGUUCGAGGCGGGCGGGCCCGACCUUGCUUCGAGGAUUUCGGCGGUGAACCCGGUCGUCGAGAUCAAAGCGCCGCUGAGUGACCGAGCUCUUCUACUUCAUCGUGUCGGCGAUGGCCCCGCUCCGUGCAUGGCCAUGGGCGCGUUCAUCGAGAUGCUGGGCAAGACGGUGGGCGAUCUCAAAGCCGAGUAUCUGAAAGGCGUGACGACUGUUAUGCAGGCAGCUAACGAGAAGCCCCGUGGCAGUGCCGACGGUGGACAUGGAGAUGAGCGUAAUUUCUGGACCGACAAAAUCCCAGAGGGCAAGGCCAACGACUUCGACGUGGCGCGGUCGAUCUUCGUGGACGCCAUCGCGGGGAUUGACGGCGACUUAUUCUCCGUGAAGCGGAGUGCCCUCCAGAAGUCCCAGAUGGAAGUGCAAGUGGCCUACAAUCUCUUUUCAGCGCGUGUCCCAGAUGAGUUCUUCAAGGAACCCAGCGAGACUGUGGGAUUGGCGAGUGUCACGAGGGCGACGGCUAAGGCACUGCACGGCUGGGGCGCCUACUCCAAGGACCAGAACGACGUCGAGCUGAAGAGGGAGUUCCGCAAGAUCUUAAACACAUUGACGGACCACGAGCUCGGUAACAUCGUCGGCGGUAUGCAGCCUUCUUUGCGGAAGUGGGCAUGCGAGAAGGCGGGGGUGCAGGAGUAG